CGGCGUCGAACUUUAAAUCCCCUCCGCUCGCGCGUACGUGCGUGACGUCAGGCUUCACGCCGCGUGGUCGACGAUCAGCGAUUGUUUUAAAACGUUACUGAUAACGGAGAGCUGAUGUUUGCGAACUGAGAUCUGCUUCAUCUGAAAACUGUCUGGUUUGUUAUGAUUCGGACGACAUCCGCGAGAACUAUUUGAACUGUCGCUUUUAAAUUUGUCCAAAUGAAGAUAUAUUCACCGCCUUCACGGGACGGGAUCUUAAUAUCCUAAUGAUUUUGGCAUAAAAGAAAACAACAUUUCUACAGAUACACCUGUGCUCUUAAGACGCAGGAUUGUUGUUUCAUGGAUUGAGAAACCUGCAUAAAUUCAUAUUCUGAUGUUUACGCUACUGGCAAAAAUAGUGAUAUACUAGUAUUUGCUUCCAGAUUCAGCAUCUCUCUUCUCGAGAAGCAUGUGAUGACCCAUGCUCGGAAAAACGCUUCUAUUAGCCAGUAUCGCAACGAGGGGCGGGGCCACGUAGAGGGCUGGUCACAUGGUGAAACUGUGGGCGGAGCCUGGCCUGCGCAUUCACUGCGAGAAGGCAAGGCCAAGAAAGUCAAGGAGAGUCAAUGUUUGGCAAAACGUUCAAUGAAAAUGGAUGAAAGCAAGACUAAGAAAGGAAAGUGCAAUGCUACGAGCGAGCGCCACCGGAAGCUCUACCCGUUACGAGGAAGAAGCGAGGCCUUGAGCUGUCACGUUCUGCUGACUCGACUAGAUAACCAGACCAAGACGAGUGAGGUGGAUCCCAACAGAAAGACACCAAAACCCCACAAGAAAGCAGAGAAGAACAGGGAGUCGUCGCAGAAACGCCUCGAAACCUUCGAUAAACCUCCAGCUCAGGAGCCGCGCAAACGUAGACUAGCCUCGCUCAACGCCGAGGCGCUCAACAGCCUUCUUCUGGAGAAACCCGACGGACAGCCAAGUGCCAAACUCGCCAAGAAACAAGGCGAUGGGUCGGAGCAAACCUGCUCCAAAAGAGCCAGGAAGUCCGAGACGUGCCAAAACCCCGAGACGGAUGGAGACGGGGCGGAUUUGUACGCUCCCGCUCCCCGGCGCUUAGCUGGACUCAACGCCGCCGCGCUGCUGAAGCUCACCAGUCUAACCGCAAACAAGCAGAGGGUCAAGUCCGAGAGCAAGGCGGUCAGAGCCAAAGCGCAGCAGAAGUCCAAGAAACACAACUGGACGCAGCCGGAAGCCGAAGGAUCCUGCGAAGUGUGCAAAAGCAGGAACUUGGAGUCUAAACGGAGUCCGGAGAGCCGUCGCUUGAGUAAACCCGGAUACCAGAGCAUGCUGGGAUACCGUCUGCUGAAGGAGGAGCCGGUGGAGGCGGAGCUGGGUCCGUGCUUCUGCUGCCCCCCGGAGUACCUGGCUCUGUUCCUGGGCGAGGAGCACCGGCUCAAGCACGAGUGUCUGGUUCUGUGCGCAGAUCCCUGCUGCUCCAGCUACUACGUCCACAUCGCCCGCCCCGGACCGAGCCUGAGCCGGAUCACACACCCGGCCUUCUGCGGCCCGGUCGGGUCACCCUGCUGCCACGAGGCCUGUCGGGUCGGAGGAUUCGCCUUCAGCGCCGGCCGGACCUGCUCCUUCUCCUGCAGCCGGCCCAUCAAAACAGAAGAUGAGCACCGCGCUCCUCGUUCCCCCCCGGCCUCUCCGGUCAUCCCGCAGCUUCUGUCCGACCGCAGACAAGCAGAGGUCAGGCUGAAGAUGGGCAAAGAAUGCCCUCAAAACACCAAGCCGUCCAACGGCUCGCUCGCUACGAGCCACAGCAGAGCGGCCCAGAAGCAGCCCACGGCCAAACAUCAGAAGAAGAAGAAGAAGAGCCGGAGACAGACGAACGGCUGGCGUCCCGUCGGAGAGCCCACCGAGAAGGAGGUGUUCAUCGCGGGUGAUGACGAGACGGUUCUUCGUCAGUGUUAUGAAGGAGUGGAGCGGGAUGGAGAGGUGAUCAGGGUCCGGGACACAGUGCUCUUACGCUCCGGUCCUCGCAGGAAGUCUCUGCCGUACGUGGCUAAGAUCUCGUCUCUGUGGGAAGACCCGCGAUCAGGAGAGCUGAUGAUGAGUCUCUUCUGGUAUUAUCGUCCUGAACACACGCAGAGCGGGAGAGAUCCCAGCAUGCACUGCGAGAACGAGAUCUUCGCCUCUCGUCAUCAGGAUGAGAACAGCGUGGCCUGCAUCGAGGACCGCUGCUAUGUUCUGCCGUUAGCACAGUACUGUAGAUUUUGUGCCUUGGUGAAGCGGCGCUCGGAGGGCGUGUCCGACCCGGCCCCGCUGAUGCCCCGCCCCUCUGACAGCGCUGGCCCCGCCCACCGGCUGCUUCCCGACGGCGUGGACCCGCGGCUGGUGUAUCUGUGCCGACACGUCUACGACUUCCGCUACGGACGGAUCCUGAAGAACCCGCAGUGAAGCUGUGAUGAUGAUGAUGAUGAUGACUCUGCCUUCCUCCUCCUCCUCUGCUGUACACUGGACUGUGAAAUAUGAUCAUCUCCACUGGAUUCAUGCAGACCGGGACUAGACCACAGAUCCGGACCGGAGAGCCGGAGUAAAGGUCCGUUCACGCCAAAGACGAAACAACGAUAACUAGAAUCACUCGUCUGACAAAAAAUACUGAUUUCUGACCACAACUAGGAUAAGAAGACGUGUCUCUGGAGCACAGAGCAAAUCAUACAGCUCUCUUUUAUCACAAAAAUCAUAUUAAAAAUAGAUUUAAUCAAUGAUCAAAACCUGUUUUUUGAAUAGUAACAUUGAUAAGAACUUCAUUUUGAACAACUUUGAAGGUGAUUUUCUCAAUAUUUAUGUUUUUUGGCUCCUUUAGGUUCCAGAUAUAUCAGGUACUGUCUGAUCAUAACGAGCCACACAUCAGUGGAAAGAUGAUUUAUUCAGACCUCAAUUUUUUUUGUGCUCCAGGGUCACGGAUCAUCUUCACAAUAAACGAUAAAACCAUUCAGACUUUAGAGUUUGAGCUCUUAAAGCCACAGACGAUAAACUAAACAAUAACAUCCGCCCAGUCAAAUAGAUAGUUUUUUUUAAUUCUGUAUAAAGAAUCGCUGCAGGUUUCUAUGACAAAGCACACUUUCAGUCGUAUCACUUCUAAGCAUCAAAUUUGGUUCUUCGUCAGUUUCUUGGCGUGAGAUGAACUAGUUCUUGGCGUGAACGGGCUCCACGAGUUUCUUCCGUUCGGCACAAAACAAGAACGUGGACGCGAGCGCCUGCCGGUAGCCAUUGACUUCUACAGCGUGACGUUUGGGUGAUCCGUCCCUUUAAGGGCGUGUUUGUCCGAUGCUCCUCAUUGGUCAGAUGCUCUCCUAACGUCUCGUAGCUUUCGUAAAUGAUUAAUUUUGCCUCUUUUCUCUAAAAUGCGACCAAACGAACCAAAGCGCGGUGAGAACCACGAAACAUUGAACACGACCAACCAAUCAGCGGCCCCCAGCUUUUCUAAGGAGAGCUAUGUUUUCUACGGAUGAACUUUUAGCAUCAGAUCCUCUAGAAGGCACAGAUAUAUUUUAAUAUUUAUUUGACAUGCUUCUAGUUUCCCCUGGACUAGAGAAGUUGCACUAUUACAUUCCCAGUCGUUUCGUUCCCAAUCUGAUUGGUUUUUUUUGAAAAUCUAACCGAGACGUGCUUUGAGUUCCUGCUCAGCGAUCUACACGCCGGUUCAUAUCAGACACGCCUCUGUUUAGCAGCACCUUAACAUAAAUGUGUUUAGAUUGAAAUAUUAGAUGGAAGUAUAUGAAGUAUUCCUCAAUGGAUUUGGACCGACUCAUUAUUAGAUGAUUUUCUAGCGUCUCUAUAUUUUUAUGAUGUUUAAAGCGUGAAAUCAUCCGCUCGUUCUUCUCCGCUGGUUACAGCAACAAACAAAAAAACCAGAUAAAAACAUUCAAACCGAAAUGUGAUCAUUUCUACAUUUGGAAACAACCUCGUCUUUCUGCUUUCGAUUUCUUCCGAACAAAAAGGAGAUAUUUUAUUAAGCCUGUUUCUACAGCUGGAAUAUGCAAUAUAUUUUUAGGACUAUUUUUGAGAAAUCAAAUCUAUUUAAAUUGCCGUUAUUUUCUCCGAUCUGGAUUCUGAAAUCAUGAAGACGUGUAGGUGUCAGCGUCUUGAGACGAGCUUUUCUUAAACCUCGGAGACUUCUAAUUGUAUUUAAAGAAAUUAUUUAAGACGGAGUAUAAGCGUAUAUAUAUAUCUAUAUUUCAAUCCUCAUAGUUUAACCAUGUUUUUGAAGUGCUGUUGCAAUAUUGUGCUCGAUAUUAAGUGCGGUAGAUUUAUUAAUAUUUCUGUUUGGUGUUAAAUUAUGAUGAUCAUCCCUGCAUCACAAGGUCCCUCAGAAACGUCCGCUCUCUGUUUUCUGUUUCUCUGAAGCUGAUGAUUGAUUUUUUGUAGAUUAUUGUAGAAAGAAGGACUUUAUAUAAACUUUGCAGAUCAUUCCAGAAGAUCCCAUUCGUUCAGUCGCUUCUUUAUUUGUUUUCUUUUCUUGUUUUUUUGUUUUGUUCGUUUUUGUUUUUUUUGUUCCCAGUCGAGAUUAAAAGCGAAGGUCUGAA